AUGUUGAGUCAUGUUUUGAAGCUGAAAAUGUAUCUCCAGAGAAUCAUAUUUCUAAUAUAAAUUUGCACAAACAGAGUGUAAAGCAAUUUAGUAAAACUUUUGACCUCCAGGGCUCCACUUUUAGUAAUGGCUCCAACGAUAGUAUAUUCAAGGGACUACAGGGUUAUCAAGGAGCUGCUGAUCAAAAGAUUACUAACAAGGAAAAACUGCCUACUCACACCUGCCAGACUCCUCACAACGUAGAAAAAGCGUAUGAAUGUAAAGAGUGUGGGAAGUACUUUGGUUAUAGGGCAACUCUUAGUCAGCACCAGAGUAUUCAUACUGGAGAGAAGCCCUAUGAAUGUCAGGAAUGCGGGAAGGCCUUCAGACUCCCCCGACAACUUACAGAACACCAGAAAUCUCACAGUGGUGAGAAACCUUUCAAAUGUGAUGAAUGUGGAAAGGCUUUUCAUCUUCCAGUCCUACUUAAGUACCAUAAAACCGUUCAUACAGGUUUAAAACCAUUUGAAUGCCGGGAAUGCGGGAAAUCCUUCAAGCGAGUCUCCCACCUUGUUGAACAUAGGACUGUUCAUGCAGAUGUGAAACCUUAUGAAUGUAAAGAGUGUGGGAAAGCCUUUAAACAUCGUCAAAGCCUGGUGCAACAUCAGAAAAUUCAUUCUGGUGAGAGACCCUUUCAGUGUAAGGAAUGUGGAAAGGCCUUCACUGUUCUGGCUCAGCUCACUCGGCACCAGAAGAUCCAUACUGGAGAAAAGUCAUUUGAAUGUAAGCAAUGUGGCAAGAAAUUCAGUACUGGCUCAUACCUUGUUCAGCACCAGCGUAUUCAUACUGGUGAGAAACCCUUUGAAUGUACUGUAUGUGGGAAGGCUUUUAGGCUUCAGGUAUACCUUUCUGAGCAUCAGAAAACUCACAUUGAAGAGGAACCUUUCAAGUGUAACCUCUGUGGGUCAGCCUUCAGACGGAAGUACCAGCUUAAUGAACAUCGGAGUACUAUUCAUACUGAUGUGAGACCCUAUCAGUGCAAAGAAUGUGGUGUAUUCUUUCGUCGAAGGUCAAAUUUUACCGCACAUCAGAGUAUUCACAGUGGAAAGAAACCCUUUGAGUGUAAAGAAUGUGGGAAGUUCUUUAGACUUAAUAUACUUCUCAUUCGUCAUCAGAAAUCGCACAGUGGUGAGAGGCCUUGUGAAUGUACAGAAUGUGGAAAGGCUUUUCACUUUCCUAGCCAGCUUAAUAAGCAUAAAAUUGUUCAUACAAAUAAAAAACCCUUUGAAUGUAAGGUAUGUGGGAAGUCCUUCAAGCGUACAUCCAUUCUUAUUCAACAUAAGACUAUUCAUUCUGGUGUGAGACCAUAUGAAUGUCAUGACUGUGGGAAAGCUUUUAUUCAUCGCUCAAACCUGUUUCAGCAUCGCAAACUUCAUUCUGGUGAGAAACCCUUUCAGUGUAAGGAAUGUGGAAAGGCCUUUGUUGUUCUGGCAAAUCUCACUCGGCACCAGAGCAUUCAUACUGGAGAAAAAUCAUUUAAGUGUGAGCAGUGUGGGUCAGCCUUCAGACUUAAGUCCCAACUCAAUAAACACCAGAGGAUUCAUACUGAUGUGAAACUCUUUCAGUGUAAGGAAUGUGGGAAGAACUUUGUUCGUGGAACAGCUCUUAGAAUUCAUCAGAGAAUCCAUACUGGUGAGAAGCCCUUUCAGUGUAAGGAAUGUGGGGAAGCUUUUCAAUAUCAUUACCAAUUUCUUGGACAUUUUAGAAUUCAUAUUGGCAAGAAUCCUUAUGAAUGUAAAGAAUGUGGGAAGUAUUUUCCUUGUGGUAGAGACCUUAAAGUACAUCAAAGAAUUCACACUGGUGCAAAACCUUAACAAUGUUAAGAAUGUUGGAAGACCUUCAGUUGAAUAUGAAACUUGGUUUGACAUGCUAAAUUUAAUAUUAGUAAGAAAUUUUACAAUGUAAGGAAUGUAGAAAUGUGCUGCCUAUCAGAGAAUUCUUACUGGUGAGAAAUACUAUGAAUUUAAGUAAGGUGGGAAAAUGUUUAGAUUUAGUUCAGCCUUCACCGUACAGUUGAAAAUUCAUAAGAAAGCCAAUCAUGGUAAGAAUGUGGAACAACCUUCAAUUGGAACUCAGGACAUCUUCAGAUAAAAGAAUACAUGAUGGUGUCAAACACUGUGAAUGCAAGGGAUGUGGGAACAUUAAUAGAAUUAGCUCAGCUCUUAAAGCUUAUCAACAUGGUCAUAUAGGUCUGAAACCCUGUGAAUGUAAAGAAUCAGGUAAAGUCUUUGUUGUAAAUGAAAAUCCGCAAUUGCCAGGAGUCCUAUGCAUAUAAGGAAGGUGGAUAAGCCUUUGUAUGAAAAUUUUACUGAACAUCAGAGAACUCAUAAUGGAAAUACUGUGACUUAGAAGAAUGUGGGAACUUUAAUCUGUCCUAGAAUUUGGUUAACAUGAGACUAUUCAUUUAAUGUUGAUGCCAAGAAACCCUUUGCAAUGAGAAUGCGGGAAGUCGGGUAUUUUUUAUAUUUUUAUGAAACUAUUUUUUUUCUCAGUUACUCGUUUAACUUGGCUACCACACAAAUAAUUGAGAUUCUUAUAUUUGUUUAAUAAUAAACUUCAAACAAAAUAACUGAGCAUUUAUCACUCCAUUCUUAACCGUCUAUGCUUAUUUAGUUUCCUCCCAGUGUAUAUCCCAGUGAUAUUUGCAUGUUGUAGUUUUCCUUGCGGAUCAUUCUCCUGGUCCUUUCUGGAUAGCUGCCAUGGCUGAAUCCCCUACUUCCUUCUUUCCUCCUACCCUGGCUGUCAGGAAGUCCAGCCGUAUUCUCUCUCAUGCUCAGCAACUGGCUGUAAGCUGCUUUAUUGGCAUAUCAUGGGACAAUUAAGAAACAGUGUUUAGAACAUUUGAGAGGAGAUUCUCAGAAUAAUGAUUGUAACCAGAUAUGGAGGGUACAGAAGUUAACAUUUGAAUUAGACAAUAACCUUAUGCCUACAAUGCGUUGUUCAGAUAAGCUGUUGAGAAUGUCUUUGUCAGAAAUACUAUGAUCUUGUUAUUUGUGUAAACUUAAUUCAUCAAUCAAUAAUCAACCAGAACAGUUAAUUUAGAGAGAGGAGUUAUUGGAAUUAGGUUUAUCUGACAUGUCAUCCUUGCUAUCAUUAACAACCCAUGGCUCCAGUGAUAUUAGAUUGGAUUUUACUUUCUUUCUGCCCAGUUUGUGAAUGGUGGGCAUGGUAGCUGCCAAAGUUGUGGCAACAGCAUUAUAAUAUCGAAUAAGAUUCUUGACAGUAUUUGGUUGCUGUCCGUUUUCUCUAAAGCAGCAUGUACAGUGUUCCUGCUUUUGUUGACGUUACCGGAACUGACGUGAAAGGCUAAUUAUACUUUAGAUAGUUUACAAAAGCCUCAUGCAUUCACCCACUACUAAAGUUUAAACAUCCUCAUUCUGGAUACAUCUAAUGGAAGAAAAUAAACAUGAAAGGAUUUUAAUUCUGAGUCCAUUCCUUAAUAAUUUUUUGUUUUGGUGGAGAUAUACUUUCUAAAGAGAUGAAACUGGUAAGAAUUUCAAACUAUAAUUUAUGCUCUCUGCCCAUACAUGAAGAUAAACUAUAAAUUUGUGACAGGGCAAGUCCAUAGGAUCCUCUCUCUCUUAUUCUUGAUGAGGCCAUUUCAGGAUUGAUUAGAAUUUUAUUUCCUUGGUGGAGAAUUUUGUGGAAAAUUACCCAACUCUAUUCUAGGAACUGGCUGUCAUAUUGCUUCUGAUAUAAUUUAUCCUGGUGUCUGCUAAUUGGCCUGUGUGUUUAAAUCUCCCCCUCAGCUAACUGCUUAUCUUGGCUUCUGUUAAACUGCCUGCUUGGACAAUAGCUCCUCCUGCAGCUGCUGAGCAAGAUAACAACAUGGGCUUUGCUUCAAUGCUUGGGGCUAUACUUGGGUCCCAAAUACCUGAGUAUACUCACAGCUGGCCGGAAUAAAGACUUUCUGUUGGCUAUA